GCAUUCGUAUAAUCAAUCAAUCAAUCCAUCAAACCUAAUCUCAAAGAUGCAUAAUCAUACCUCCUUUCCUGAUUCAAAUCCUUCAUUUACUUCUCCAUCACUCUGAUCCGUAUAACCAGUAAGUAGUACAGAUAACCAGCAGACCGAAACCAGAAUCGUUCGGAUAUGGCGAUUCUGUACGCCCUAGUGGCGAGAGGAUCCGUUGUCUUAGCCGAGUACAGUGCGGCUUCCACGAACGCCAGCUCAAUCGCCAGACAGAUCCUGGAGAAGAUAACCGGUGCCGAUGAUACAAACGUCUCCUACUCUCAAGAUCGCUACAUCUUUCACGUCAAACGCACUGAUGGCUUAUCCGUUCUCUGUAUGGCCGACGAAACUGCUGGAAGGAGGAUUCCUUUUGCAUUUUUGGAAGAUAUUCAUCAAAAAUUUGUGAAGACUUAUGGAAGGGCAGUUCUUUCAGCCAAUGCUUAUGCAAUGCAUGAUGAAUUCUCGAGGGUGUUAAGUCAGCAAGUCGAGUAUUAUUCAAACGAUCCAAAUGCAGAUAGGAUAAAUCGUCUUAAAGGUGAAAUGAGUCAGGUAAGAAAUGUUAUGAUCGAGAAUAUCGAUAAGGUAUUGGAAAGAGGUGAUCGUUUAGAGCUAUUAGUCGAUAAAACUGCUAAUAUGCAAGGAACUGCUGUUCGUUUCAGAAAGCAAACUCGUCGAUUCAGAAGUACAAUGUGGUGGAGAAACGUCAAGCUUACGGGAGGACUGAUUAUAAUUGUUCUUGUUCUUAUUUAUUUUGUGGUGGCUUUUGCUUGUCAUGGACUAGCAUUACCAUCUUGUGUGUGAAGUAGUAAGAGUUUAAGAUUUUUUUUGAGAUCGGAUCCAAUUCUCUUCUUCUAAAUGUAAGUAAAUUAUCGUGCAUUGUUUCCGAGAU